UUGUCUCUAAAGACACGUCAUCAGACCAAGAUGCAACAAAAUUCACUGAAAUCGAAUUCAUGUCUCACAACAGUAUGAAGAACUAGAGUAUGAAGUGUCUGGUUUGUGUUUUACAGCAGAUGCUAGAGGAGACCAGAACUUUUGUACCAACAGUGUCUGAAUUGAGUGUGUACCUGUAUUGUUUUAUUACUUUGUCUUUGCUGCCAUCAGGCUUUACCAUGCUCCGAGCCUUUAGUCACACAGAGGGUAGGUGUGUGCUGCACCACGCUAAGCGCUGGCAGCACCGUAAGUCCGUGCUGGCCAUCAGGAGGGAGGAUGUCAAUGCAUGGGAGAGAAGAGCUCCUCUGGCACCAAAGCACGUUAAGGAGUUGACAAAGAUGGGAUACAAGGUCUUGGUGCAGCCAUCAAACCGGAGAGCCAUCCAUGAAAAGGAGUACAUCAAAGCAGGUGCCAUUAUUCAAGAAGAUAUUUCUGAGGCUUCACUGAUAAUAGGUGUGAAGAGACCUCCAGAGGACAAAUUAAUCCCAAAAAAGAACUAUGCCUUCUUCUCUCACACUAUUAAAGCCCAAGAGGCAAACAUGCCCCUUUUGGAUGAGAUCUUAAAACAGGAAAUUCGACUGUUUGACUAUGAAAAAAUGGUUGAUCAUAAAGGAAUGCGAGUUGUGGCCUUUGGAAAGUGGGCUGGUGUAGCAGGAAUGAUCAACAUUCUGCAUGGAUUGGGUUUGCGAUUUUUAGCUCUGGGUCAUCACACUCCCUUCAUGCACAUUGGGAUGGCACAUAACUACAGGAAUAGCAGUCAGGCUGUGCAGGCAGUUCGGGAUGCCGGGUAUGAAAUUUCUCUGGGACUGAUGCCAAAGUCAGUGGGGCCCUUAACAUUUGUGUUUACGGGCACUGGUAAUGUUUCUAAGGGUGCUCAAGAAAUGUUCAGUGCUCUCCCAUGUGAGUUUGUGGAGCCCCACGAGUUAAAGGAAGUUUCCAGAUCGGGAGACCUCAGGAAAGUCUAUGGAACAGUGCUAAGUCGUCACCAUCAUCUUGUGAGGAAACGUGAUGGACAGUAUGAUCCAGCAGACUAUGAUAAACAUCCAGAAAAUUACAUUUCUCGCUUUCACAUUGAUGUUGCACCCUACACAACUUGUUUAAUUAAUGGCAUAUACUGGGAACAGAAUAGUCCUCGCUUGCUGAGUCGGCAGGACACUCAGAAGCUGCUGGUGCCUGUUAAAUCUGCUACUGGUGCAACGGAUGGCUGUCCUGAAUUACCCCACAGGCUUCUGGCCAUAUGUGACAUUUCAGCAGAUACUGGAGGAUCUAUAGAAUUUAUGACUGAGUGUACAACAAUUGACAACCCCUUCUGUAUGUAUGAUGCUGACCAGCAUAUUACUCAUGACAGUGUUGAAGGCUCGGGGAUUCUGAUGUGUUCCAUUGACAAUCUGCCAGCUCAGCUUCCUAUAGAAGCAACAGAGUACUUUGGGGAUAUGCUUUUCCCUUAUAUUGAAGAGAUGCUGGUAUCAGAAGGCUCAGAACCUCUUGAGAAACAGAAUUACUCGCCUGUUGUUCGAGAUGCAGUGAUUGCAUCCAAUGGCUCACUGACACCUAAGUAUCAAUAUAUCCAGAAACUGAGAGAGAGCAGGGAGCAGGCUCAGUUACUGAAGAUGAGUGGUGAGAAGAGAGUUUUAUUGCUUGGAUCUGGCUAUGUUUCUGGCCCUGUGCUUGAAUAUCUCACUAGAGAUUCCAACAUUGGCAUCACAGUUGUAUCUGUCAUGAAGGAGCAACUUGAACAACUGACAGAGAAGUACAGAAAUGUUACUCCAGUUCAUAUGGAUGUCCUUAAGCAUGAGGAAAAGCUGUCCUCUUUGGUGAAAAACCACGACCUUGUGAUCAGUUUGCUGCCUUAUUCAGCACAUCCUUUUGUUGCUAAGAAAUGUAUUGACCACAAAGUGAACUUGGUAACAGCCAGCUACUUAACACCAGCCAUGAAAGAACUUCAGGAGAGUGUAGAAGCUGCUGGUAUUACAGUUGUCAGUGAAAUGGGCUUGGAUCCUGGUCUUGAUCACAUGUUGGCGAUGGAAUGUAUUGACAAGGCGAAAGAAGUCGGUGCUACGGUUAUAUCGUACACCUCUUUCUGCGGCGGCCUGCCAGCUCCAGAGCACUCUGACAAUCCUCUGAGGUACAAGUUCAGCUGGAGUCCACAAGGAGUGCUGCUGAAUACAGUUCAGUCUGCUACGUAUUUAAAAGAUGGAGAGAUUAUCAAUAUUCCAGCUGGAGGAGCGUUACUGGAUUCUGUUACUCCAAUGGAUUUUUUCCCAGGAUUAAACCUUGAAGGUUUUCCCAACAGAGACAGUACAAAAUAUGCAGAGCCAUAUGGUAUUCAGACAGCUCGUACUUUACUGAGAGGCACCUUAAGAUACAAAGGGUACUCCAGAACCAUGGGGGGCUUUGUAAAACUAGGAUUAAUUAACCCAGACCCUUAUCCUUUGCUAAGCUCAACUACACCACCUCUAACCUGGAAAGAGCUCAUGUGCAAACUGGUUGGAAUUAAGUCACCUGCUGAGCACCAUGUUCUUAAAGAAGCUGUAUUUAGCAAACUGGACAAGGACAAAAGUCAGCUGGAAGCAGUGGAAUGGUUAGGUUUAUUGGGAGAUGAACCGGUUCCAGCAGCAGAUUCCAUUGUAGGGGCUCUUGCAAAGCACAUGGAGAUGAAGCUGCCCUUUGGCACUGGAGAGAGAGAUAUGAUUGUUAUGAGAAGUGAAAUAGGUCUCAGGCAUCCUUCUGGCCAUUUGGAAGACAAAUUUAUUGAUCUGGUUGUCUAUGGGGACAACAAAGGAUAUUCUGCAAUGGCUAAAACAGUAGGAUACCCUGCAGCCAUAGCUGCUAAAAUGGUUCUAGAUGGUGAAAUAACUGCUAAAGGCAUGGUCAUACCUUUGACAAAGAAUGUUUAUGGGCCAAUACUUGAACGUGUUCGGGCAGAAGGCAUUAUGUACAGUACUCGCAGCAUUAUCAAACAGUAACUGAAAGCAGUGGAUUUAAGCAGAGUGGAAGCUGGUUGCAGUAUAUUGAAAUACCUGCUGUUACGUGUUGCCUUGUGCUGUGGAGAGAGCACAUUAACAUUUAGCUCUGCAGCUGCGAGGGGCAGUCUGAAAUACAACACAGUUACUGUGCUUAGAAGAUGCUCCAAAUGACAUGUUUACUCUUCCCACUUACACUGUGUGCCUCAUCCAAGUUAAGUACUGUUACAAAGGGAAUACAUUGUGUAGUAUAUGCAGCUUUGGAAUGCACUAGGUUUAGAGGUUUAAAUUGCCACUUUUUGAGUUAGCUCCUGUUGUGCUAGCAUGGUUUUGAAGCGCUCACUUGGGAACCUAUGCCUACUACUCAGUACUGUGUCACUUUAGCCUGAUGGAGUUUGCCAGCUCAUUUGCUGCUGAGCGCUCUGCUGUCACAUGUGUCAGCCCUGCUCUAGCUGCAGUUUAGCCACGUCAGUCCACAACUGAACUUUAGCCCAAGUGCAGGUUCUCCUUAACAUAGUACCAAUUGCAUCCUUUCGUUUCAGGCCUGCUUCUGUGGCUUUUGCUUAGGGAUUUCUAUACCACCUUGAAACUAAGCAUGGCUUAAACUUCACCAGUCAGGUCUGUGAGGUGCAGUGCUGUGGGCAGGUUGUAUUUGCACUGGUACCUGUGCACCUGCCUAGAGCUUCCCUUUUCUAAAGCUGAACACUGAUGCAGGAAGCUGUCUGCUUUCAGCUUCGCUCACAAAUGCACUUUGCUGAUAAAUGCCUUUUCCUUCCUGAGAACCAAUGCUGUAAUCACAGUUCCAAGAGGCUGGAAUUCCAGAUGUUGUUUUGCACGGUAGGAAAAGCAGCCAUAACAGUAAUUCAAGUUUUGAUCUUCAGGUUUUGCUGCUCAGGAUUUGGAUUUUCUCUGUGCAGAUGCAAUGAAGUAGCAGCUGCUAGGGAGUUAGCUGAAAGGAGCCAAAGGGAGAAUGAAGGGCAGGUGUUACUGUGAAAGGGAAGGACUUUUUCUACUGAACCAAUGCUUUUUUAAUGUAAUGUCAAAUUUGGAUUCUGUUACAGUUCCAUGCAUAUAUCACACAAAUUCCUGUCUCCACCGAGUUCUUUUCCUUCCCACUGACCUUACAGGCUGUUGGUCUGUUGUGUGGCUGGUAGAUGCAGCUGGGGUAAGGAUGGAGCCUGCAAUGUUCUGCUCUCUGCUGCCUCCUCCUUCUCCAGGUAGACUAAUGGCCUACAACUAAGGGUUAAGUUAUGUUUGUACCUGCUGGUCCCUUCCAGUCCAGUGCUUGGUGGGACCAGGAUUUUACUUGAGAAUUCUGUCCCCUCCCUUAGCCCACAAAUACACAACCACAGAGUUGUUCCUCUGUAUAUAUGCAUGCACCAUACUUGCUUUUCUGCCUUGGAAAUGCAGUAUGGGAUGAAAAUCAGAUUUUUUUACAAAUAUCUAAUAUUUUUGGAGCACUAAAGAAUGAGAACUCCAGUGUUUUCAUCAAGAAACACAGCUACUAUUUUUGAAACAUUUUAUAUUGCAGUAUAUUUCUAAUUCCUAGUGCAAUGCUGCAUUUUGUUUUCUAUGUUUAGACUCAAAUGAAUUUAUUGCUCAUCUUUUUGUAUGAAGAUUAUACUUCUCGGUUCUCUUUGCAUAUUACUGGAAAGAUAAUUUUAUCUUAUACAUGAGAUUGCUUGAAAAAUAAAUCUGAACUCCUUUG